CGUGACCAGGGAGGAGGGGGAGGUGAGCGAUCGGAAGUUGGAGGUACCACGGAAGGAGAGGAAGAGCUAGCAGCUGGAGUAGCCUGACUGAACGAACUCACAGUCAAUCGGAGUGCUCUCGGCAUAUUUUGCAACCGGAUAAAAAUAGGAAAAAGAAACAGAAAAGGCUGAAAAACCGACCGGGCUUCUGUAAUCACUUGCCGAGCACUGACGCUGCAUCGAUCGUCUGUGCUGUGACUUGUUCGAGAGACGAGAAGCCCUCAUCAGCUCUACCAUGGCCCAUCAGAGUUCAUGCUGUUUCGGCCGCGUCAGCCUGCGCACAGGAUCGAUCAUCAUCGGCGUGGCGCUGGUGACCGCCUCCGCGGCCGGCGCGGUCGGCUUCCUCUGCGCGCUGCUGUACCUGCUGCUGGAGACGCCGCAGGAGGCGCCGCUGACCCUGGAGGCGGUCGGUGCUCUGCUGGUGCUCAGUGUGCUCCACCUGGUGUUCUCUUCACUGCUGGUGCACGGUGUGCGCCGCGCUCGCCGCUCGCUGCUGCUCACGUGGCUCAUCUUCUGUGCCAUCCUGGUGAUCCUGCAGACCAUGGCCAUCGUGGUGGCCGCCUCCCUGGCCGGCAUGAAGGGCACCACGGGCGCGCACUGCUCCGUGCUGGCCAUCGGCGGCACGUGGACCGCUCUGCUCGCCUACUGCUUCAUGAUCGUGCUGUAUCACUCGCUGGAACUGAAUGCGCUGGCCACCAAGCAGCUCAACAGCGGCGCGGCCAAGGCCAAGGCUAAGGUAGCGGCAGCGGGCGGUGGCCGCAGCGGCAAGGAGGUGCCAGUGCAGGUGGUGUGAUCUCAUCGGGGACGAGAGAAUCGAGACUUGAGAGCUUCGCUCGGGAUAGAGCAAGGAGCUCGACAUGUGGAUAGUCGGAGGGUAGAGGAGUGUUCUCAGGAUACGCCGAUCUCACGGCUGUCUCGCUACUUUGGGAUUCAGUGUGAUAUACUUGUCGCGGUCUGAUGUUUUGUUAUGUUUAUGCUACAUGUAUGCUAUGUGGAAGAGGCUAUAAUACUUUGUGUUGUGUGAGGGACUUUUAGGCAUUUCACUUUCAAUGUCGUUGCAUCGACCAUGAGCUAUGAUGUCAAUGCUCAAAAUGCUGUAUGAAAUGCAGUGAUAAUUUCCGCCAGUCAUAGUGAUUAAAUGUUUAUUAUAAAUACACGUAUG